AUGAUAGAUUCGGCUCUCCACGACAUUAUACCGAAGGGGUGGAUUACCCACGAUGUGCAGCUCUAUACAACUACCUCGUCCGAUAUGUCUGACUCGCUGAAUGCCAUCCACUGGUCAACCGGCAAGACUUGGACCCAACUUUCUCCAGGAAGACUUUCUGAGAGGGGUACGCAAAUUCAUAAGAAACCAGUCACGAAGACACGUUAUCAAACAAAUACCUUGUCCAAGUCAUACUAUAUAGAAUCAGACUCAACCCUUGCAAUGAAACCGCUAUUGGCCUAUCAGGGCACAGGGCAGACAUCCACUGUAAGCCUCCUGGGUUCAAAUAUUGUUGUUGUCUGUCAACGAGGUGGCGAAGCUAAACAUAAAGUCUGGACGACUACUGAGGUAGAUAAUCUCUGCACCACAGAACGAUGUGUCUCAUUCCUCGGUUUCUGUUGCAAGUGUCUGUGCAGAAGAUACCUGAUCCAGGACAAUGUCGUAGUCAAAGUGAAAGCUGCUUGA